AUUCAUCAAAAACAUCAAAAAUGGAAAAUCCGAUGGAGACUUCGAUGCAAGAAUCCGAGCUGGAAUCGAUAGAAUGCUUUCAAAACUACACCGCGGCGGAGGUUUUCGUGCAAGGACUUGCGGGUCUCGUUAAUUUUUCCGAUUCCGAGGUCAUGAUACGAGCUCAGAAACAAAUGCUCCAACGCUUUGAAAAAACCAACGAAAUGCUCGUGAAUUGCAACGCCUUGAGCUCAUCGAGACUAAAACUCGCCCAAGAUGAAUACAAAAAAAUGACAAAGUUACUGCUCGAGAUGAAAAAGGACUUGGAUUACAUUUUCAAGAAGGUCCGAAUCAUCAAGGGGAAGCUCAACACGCAAUAUCCAACAGCUUUCACACUUGCCGAAGCGAAAUUUAAAGCAACGCAAGUCCUAGACGAGAACGAAGAGGACGAGGAAAUUCUCGGAGUGCAAAUAACGGAGGAAGGAACGGAAGCAAAACCCGAAAAACCAUCAGAAAUUCAAUAUGUGACAUUAGAAAGUAACAAAACCGACUCUAGCGAAUAAGAAAAAAAAAUGAAUUAAAAUUAAAAAGAUCUCAAUCAUUCCUCUAGUCGUUAUUUUUUUCAAUAAAUCUCGAAAAUUCCUUUUUUUAACAUAUUUUUCGAUUUUAUUUAAGUUUUUUUUUUGUAAUUUUUUUAAUAAUUUUUUGACAAUACUAGACUCGCCUCGUUAAUUAUCCUUUAUUUUUUACACUAAGUCAAGCAUUGGAGCGGGAAAAAUUUGUU